GAACCUUCCCUUCCAAGUUCCACUUCACUUCUUCAAUUCAAUAUUCCCAUUCCAUCAACUCAGUCUGCUUUCUAACGAUCAUGAUAUGGAACAGAGCUUUUCUCCUUCUGGGUUUGUCAAUUUUGGCUUUCGUCCAGCCCAUCUCUGGCCUCUCUCAUAAUAAUCACCCCCACCACCACCACCAACACCAGCACGCCCAUCAAUCCGCAGUUCAGGAUACCGAAGGCAAUGAUCUCCAAUCAGGGAUGACAUACUACAUCGUCUCUGCUAUCAGGGAAGGCGGCGGUGGCGGUGUCUCAGUAGGCAGGAGAGAGAGCUCCUCCAGCAGUCAAAGCCACACUACUCACACCCCAACAGUGAAACAGAGCUCCUACGACAGGAACAUGGGUAACCCAGUAAUCUUCUCCCCAGCAUCAUCCUCAGGACACCCAGAAUUGGAAUUGAAGACUACAGAAGAAGAGGAAACGAUUACAAUUCGGGAAUCGAUGGAUUUGAACGUUUGUUUCUCUGGGAUUGACAAUAGGGUUUGGCAGGUUGAAGAGGGGAGGGAGCAAUCCAAAGGAUGGUGGUGGUCACCGUCGUCGAGAAAUUCUAGUUUGAGGUAUGUGACUCUGAAGGGAAAGCCAGGGCACCCAGGGGAGUCGACAGUGAGGAAUUGGUUCAGAAUCGAGAGGAUUAGCGAAGAUAGUCCUGUGUAUAGGAUCACCUACUGCCCCAAUGUUUGCGAGUCGUCGUGCCAUGUGGUGUGCGGGAGGGUUGGGAUCACCAAGAACAACGGCGAGCGAUGGCUAUCUGUUUCAGAGAAGAGAGAGUUCCCCUUUGUCUUCGUUAGGGCCAAUCAAUCCCAUGAUAACAGAGAAUAGAAGAAGAGAAGAUAAAAGAGUAUCUGAUGUUAUCUAAUAAGAAAUGCUUCCUUCUGCUAAUAAAGAAUUCUUAUUCUAAUCCUCAAACCACAACACUUCUUACAAGAGAAAAAGAAUAAAAGUUUUGGUCUUCCAAUUUUGAGUGAUUAGUUAUUAAUUGUUACUGUUAGUCAGCUUUGGAUCAUUCUAUCCAGUAUCAAUCAAUUUUGAGUUCUCUCC